CGCUAUCUCUUACUGGAGACUCUGUAAAGACGAAUUGUUUGGAAGACCGAAGCUCUUGUCCUUUUGAUAUAUGACGAAAGCCCCAGCCCAGUGACUCAGUGGAUGCAGGAGUGAUCAGGUUUCGUAGUCAUAGCUACAAUGUCGUCUAGUGAUAGGAAGAAACACUCUUUGGAAGGUUUUGUGACAUCAACUGUUCCUCUAGCCUUACUUCCUAACUCUCGUAAUACUGAUGAUGAAGAGCCUUCCGGUGCUAGUCAGUGGUAUGUUCCGUCAGAUCCUCACAGAUUAAAAAAGACUCAAGCUGGUGAAAGUUCGCAUGAAGCAGUUCAAUUACUACACGAGGAUGUUUUUGAUCCUAAUGCUGCACAACCUCUCAAGCCACGUGAUGUGGAGCAGAAGCAAAUAUUCAAGGAGCGACCCUUGUCUAGUGAUUCUGAAGUUCUUUCUAUGCAAACAGUGCUUAUGCAGCUUGAUAAAGAAGAAGAAAAUCGCCGUCGCCAUACCCUUCAGCUGGAUCAUUAUACUAAAGUGAUGCAACCUGUUUCCUGGGAGGAAACAGCUGAAGAUAAUUGUCAUUUGUGGGUUGAAAGGGACACAAGGGAAGCUUGUUACCUUAAUGAUACUCAGUAUUGUCAAGAUCAAAAAAUAGUGCAUCCAAAGAGACAAAAAGUUCGCUGCUCAGCAUGCAGAAUUUUAGUUCACACUACUUGUAUGAAGCAGUUGUGCUAUGAAGGAGUCUUUUGUAAAUCUACUUUUCGUGAAAUUAAGCAGAAAGAGAAAAAAAGUUCCAUUCAACAUCAUUUUCUUAAGAGACGGAAAUUGAGUGGGAAAUGUUCUGGUAAUUGUGGCAGAGGAUUUGGCAAUUUUAAAAGUUUUUCUGGAAGAGUGUUUGAAGGUUUCAGUUGCUCAUGGUGUGGAGACUCUUAUCAUUUAGGCUGUUUUAGUGAAAAACUUCGUGAUGAAAUUUGUCAUCUUGGACCUCUUCGAAAUUUGAUUAUUCCAUCAUCAUGGAUCAUUAAAUUGCCUCAAAUAGAACCUGAGCCAUCACCUGAUCCUGAGAAAACAGGAGCAGCAGCUUUUGGAAGUUCCCGUAAGAAAAAAACUAGUAGAAGACGAACGCGACGUAACCCAAGCUCUUCUGAUGAUCGUGCCUCUAAGUUUUUCACUGUUAAGCCUUUUGUGUCUAGUAAUCAUAAGCCUUUGCUUGUUUUUAUCAAUCCUAAAAGUGGUGGCAAUCAGGGUGCUAAACUAAUGCAAAAUUUUCAGUGGCUUCUCAAUCCUCGUCAAGUCUUUGAUUUAACUAAAGGAGGACCAAAAUUUGGUUUAACGUUGUUCAAGAACUGCUCCAAUAUGAGGAUAUUAGCAUGUGGUGGUGAUGGCACUGUUGGUUGGGUCCUGUCUGUACUUGACCAACUUGAUUUUAAACCUGUUCCUCCCUCUGUAGCUGUUCUUCCGCUAGGAACUGGCAAUGAUUUAGCUCGUGUUUUGAAUUGGGGAGGUUCAUACGGUGAUGAGCCAUUGGAGAAUGUUUUGAUGCAUGUAGAGAAUGGGUCUACAGUUGAAUUAGAUAGAUGGGUCAUUUCAAUCUGGCGUAAUGAAGACGUUGAGAAUUAUGAUGAUUUUGAAGGAAAAGAAGAUAUUCCUCUACAUGUUGUAAAUAAUUACCUUAGCAUUGGAGCUGAUGCUCAAGUUUCUUUAGAUUUUCAUGACAGCAGAGAAGCCAAUCCACAGAAGUACAAUAAUAGAUUCAAGAAUAAAUUUGCCUAUUCAAGGUUAACUGGGCAAGAGCUGGUUUUGAGAAAAUUUGCAAAUAUGACUGAUAGUAUAAGAUUGAUUGGAGAUGGGCAUGACUUCACUCAGCACAUACGUCAGCUUAGACUUGAAGCUCUUUGUUUUCUUAACAUUACUUCUUAUGGAUCUGGCAACAAUCCCUGGGGUGCUCCUCCACCUGGUACUUUUAGUGGAAGACAUCAAAUUGGUGCUCAAGCAAUGGAUGAUGGAUUAAUAGAAAUUGUUGGUUUUUGGGCUUCAACUUUUCCUAAGCUUUUAAUGGGAGCACAUGGAGAAAGAAUAGCGCACUGUCAGCAUAUCAAGAUAUAUACUUAUACGUCCCUUCCUAUACAAAUUGAUGGAGAGGCGUGUAAGCUCAAGCCAUCAAUUAUUGAAAUAGUUCAUCAAAAUAAGGCACUAAUGGUAAAGAAGGAAGCGUUGCGUACACAUGCUUCUCCUCUUAGAGGGAUUAGUGAUAAUUAUCAGUUGAAGCUUUCAGUGUCAAAAGUGACCUAUGAACAGUAUCACAAUCUCCAUUCAGAUCUUAAAGAAAUAAAAAAAGCUGCUGUGGGGCUUGGUCUAGUUAUAACAACAGCAAGUCAGAGCCUUCGUUCUUUGAGACCUCGAAUUGAAAGGUUUACACAAUCAUCGGAACAUAGUAGAGCCACACUUUCUAAAAACUGGCAAUAUUUGGAUGUUGCAUCUACUGGCCGGCUAGAUCAAGUUUUUCAAAUACUUCCUGAGCAGGAGGAGUCUGUUCUUGUUGGUAAUAUGCUGUCUGAUGGUAUAUUAGUUAUAGACUGUGAAUCAUUAUCACCUGUUAACCCUGAUGAUCAUGUGGUGGCAGAACCACCCCCUGAAAAGCCAAUAUCGGCACAGAGAAAAGAUUCUUAUACAAUGGCUGUUGAUUUAUCAGAUAAUGAAUUACUUUCAGAGGGAGGAACAACAAGAAAUAAUAAAGAAGAAACACAAUCUGGUGCACCUUUAGGCAGUAAGGAGUCCUUAAGCUCUACACCUAAGAGUCCUGAUACAGAAGGUUAUGAUAGCGACAGAUGCUUGUUACCAGAAUUUGAAACUGGUCUCUCUCCCCUCCCAAAACUAGACUCAUCAAAUUCUGAUGAUGAAUCGGAGUCUGGGCAAUCUUAUGCUUCACUUCAAAAAGCACUUUUUGAUGCAGUGAAAAGGGGGAACCUGAAAAAAGUUGAAGAGGUUCACCACAAGGGUGCUAGACUAGCUAAUGUUGAUCAACAUGGAUUGAGUCCUCUUCAUCAUGCAGCAAGACUUGGAAGAAAAGAUGUUGUGCAGUAUCUUGUGAGCAAUGUUCCUAGAGAUUCUUUGGACUUGCAAGAUGAAGAAAAGGCUCAGACAGCACUCCAUAAGGCAGCUUGGUAUGGAUAUAGAGGAAUCUGCAAAAUCCUUGUUGAUGCUGGAGCUUCUUUAUUGAGAACUGAUUAUCAGGCUAAUACUCCUUACCUUAAAUCAAUUGAAAGUGAAGAUCCCAAAUUGCAGGAGUACCUGCAACGAAAAGAAAGAGAGGAAAAGAUUAGAUAUGAAAUUGAAGAAAUUGAAGAAGUGGCCGUUUAA